CAGGUCACAAGUGAUUACUCAUGUUUCUGCACCAAGCCGUCCUUGCAUAGGCUUGGCAUCUCAGUUCUGGUGUCGCCGGUGUCAGUCCAGACUCCUUGAGUAUGAUUUCCGUUCCUUCCCUGACAGGUUCUGGAGAAGGAGGCCGUGCAGCAAAGCCACUCGUUCACUGACUAGUCACUCAUAGUACCGCCACCUCAGGAGUGCAGGCAGGAGCGGUACAGUCUUCCCUUCGCAGCACGGGGCGCUGUGCAGUGCAUCGAUCCCAUCCCCCAACUUACAUAUCAUAUAUGAGCUAUUCCCUUCUCUCCCUCUCUUCACCAUUCCACCUCCAAGAUAUCGCUUCGAACAUAGUGAUUCGGCAUCGCGUCAAUUGUGAGGCUUCUCUACCUGCUCUACUUUCUUUACACCUCAUUAGCAAUCAUGCAUCUCUGGCACCUCUUGCCUCUCGUGGCUUUUCCUUACGCUUGCCGUAUCCUGCUUCCGGAGCACGGUGAACUGUCAGGCAAUGGCCGGCCGGAAUGCGACCUUCCUUCCUUGAUCGACGCGACGGUGGAUGACCUGCAAGAGGGCCUGAACAAGAGUUGCUUCACCAGUGUGGAAUUGGCGUACACGCUCCGAAUCCAUGAGGUCAAUUCGAAGACGAAUGCUGUUUUGGAGGUGAAUGAUGAGGCACUCAGUAUUGCAGCGGCUCUUGACAGUGAGAGAAGCAGAGGGCAAGUUCGUGGGCCUCUGCAUGGGCUGCCGGUUCUGAUUAAGGAUUUGAUCGGAACGGGGGAUCAACUCAACAAUACAGGCGGGUCUUAUGCUCUCCUCGGAUCCAAGCUUCCUGCUGAAGCCACAGUGGUGAGUAAACUCAGAGAACAGGGGCUCAUCAUCCUAGGCAAGAGCAGCGUGUCGGAAUGGGCCAAUUUUCGCUCCUUCAAUUCGUCCAACGGGUGGAAUGCCAGGCGAGGUCAGACGUAUGCGGCCUACUAUCCUGGGCAGGAUCCGAGCGGAAGUUCGAGUGGGAGCGCUGUUGCGACUGACCUGGGGCUGGUCACUUUUGCUCUGGGUACAGAGACUAGUGGCAGCAUUCUGCUUCCCGCCGAGAAGAGCAAUGUCGUCGGUAUCAAGCCCACCGUCGGUCUCACAUCGCGAUACAUGGUCAUCCCCAUCAGUGAGCGCCAGGAUACCGUUGGACCCCUGGCCAAGACAGUCAAAGAUGCUGCCAUGCUGUUGCAAGCUAUUGCCGGUGCAGAUUCCAUGGACAACUAUACGCUGGCCUCGCCCUUUGGCAACUACUUGCCCAAUUAUGUGGAUGCCUGCAAAUUUUCCGGGCUGCAGGGGAAGCGCAUCGGUGUUCCACGAAAUGUCAUCGCUUAUUUUGAGCAGUCCGAUGCCUCCAUGAUCCCGGUCUUCGAAGAGGCAGUCUCCGUCAUUGCGGGUGCUGGUGCGGCUGUCAUCGAUGAGACAAAUUACACAGCGUACAGCGACUUCUCCACCAGCUCUAUCCCAGCUUCGGUAGUGGCCGCUGAUUUCACCUCAAAUAUUGCCACCUACCUGUCAAGUCUGACCGGAAACCCCAACCAGCUCCACAGCGUUGCAGACAUUCGCCAUUAUACUCAGCAGAGUCCACCCGAGGAAUAUCCAUCUCGUGACACAGGGAUCUGGGAUCAAGUUAUUGCGGCGGGCAUGAACAACACCUCUCCCGGGUUCUGGUCAUUGUAUCAAGAUAACUUGCAAUUUGGCGAUGAAGGGGGAUUGUUGGGAGCACUGAGACGGCAUGAGCUCGAUGCUGUCAUCUUGCCCACUCACCUGGCCUCUGAUAUCCCUGCCAUAAUUGGGACGCCGGUGAUCACCGUGCCGAUGGGGGCAUUUCCGAACGGAACACCGGUCCGAGCAAAUGCGCGUGGAGAUCUGAUCGAGCAGGCGCCUGGGAUCCCUCUUGGCGUCAGUUUCCUGGGACCCAAGUGGAGUGAAGAGGCUUUGAUAGGUAUGGCAUAUGCAUUUGAGCAGCGGACGCUGGUUCGCGACCGACUCGAACGGUACAUUGAGCCGCUCUUUUGA